AUGUGUGAUUUUCGAACUUAUUCGCAUGAACUGCUAACCGAAUUUAUAGAAGCUUUCCGAAAUAACCCUUGUCUUUGGAAAAUUAGAAGCAACGACUACAAAGACAAAAAUUUGAAGCUUCAAGCAUACAAUAAUUUAUUAGAAAUUAUACGGAAGGUAGAAAGAGAUGCUACGAUUGAGAACGUCAAGAAAAAAAUUAAUUCAUUAAGGGCUGGGUUCCGAAAAGAACAUAAAAAAGUACAAGAUAGCAAGAAGACAGGUUCAGGAACUGACCAGGUAUACCUGCCAAAAUUAUGGUAUUACAGUCAGCUUGAAUUUCUCAAAGAUCAAGGCCAAGGUGAACAAUCAACUGACAAUAUAGACAGCAGCGAACCGGAGACAGCUAAUGAUAAUGAAAAUACAUUUGAUGCUGAACAUAGUGAAAAUGAUACCCAGAGUACCAUUUGCAACGUGUCAUCACCUGUGACACCUGCAACAUCUGUUGCUUCAUCUGCACGUCGUAAGCGACACGGCAAUGCCGCCAUUGAAGACACAAUAUCGUUAAUAGGUAAAAGAUUACAAAACCCAGAUGAUGAAUAUGAUGCUAUAGGAAAAAAUGACGCAAUUAAACUCCGCAACAUGACUGCUAUUCAACAAGGCAUAGCUGAAAAGCUCAUCAAUGAAGUUACUUUUUUAGGACGGUUUAAAAAAUUAACAUUCAAUACAAGUAUACAUAAUCCAGUUCCAGUUCAGGUACCCCAAAGAACAUUGAUACACAUGCCAGCUGUUCCAGUCCAGCUGCAAGAAACACAAGCAUUUAACUUGACACAAGACUCGCAAACUAUUAGUAUCCCGGACACCCUGAGAUAUAAAAAUACAACAUGGCUGUUGCUUAAAAUUUGCAUUAAAAUAAUAUUAAACCAAGUUGAAAUAUUUCUUCUGUCAAAAGCGGCACAGAAAAUGCAAAAUAAUGUGGAUACAUUAAAACGCUCCCUGGCAAAACUUCUAACUUACUCAAUUCAAGAUAUUGAAAUAUACAGAGCUACAAAAGACCUGCUUCGAUUUGUCUCCAAACGUCCGUUGCAGAUCCGGGCAUUUGGAUCCAUUGUAGUGGACAUGAGCUUACCUCCAACGUGCAUCAUGCUAUUUACCUCUUAUACAGUUAUUGCAUUACAGUUUAAUAAUGUAUUGUAA